GUGUCAAAAACAACGAAGUGUCAAUACUGACAGUGUUGACAGUUCGUUGGUCAAAAAUCAAAAUUUAAUAUGUAAAUCACAACAUAAAAAAUUUUAAAAAUAUGUAUUCCAUUUUUAGCGAAACUUCAAGAUUCAUUUAUUCCACUAAAACCCAGUAACCAACUGUAUAUAUCCUCUGUAUCAACGAACAAACAAAUCUCCCUUCCCAAUCUAAGAUAGAAAGAUGGUCCAAUACGCCGAUAUGAUUCCAACUAAAAAAUCCAAAAAAAGAAAGAAAUCGAAAAAAACCUCCAAGGCAACGUGUUUAUGUUCCAAGUGUAAGCAAAUGAAAGAAAUCGAGACAGCAGAAACGCAGCCACCAAAACCAACUACAUGUGCUCAUUGCCAGCAGGCAACAAUUAUCAAAAAUGGAGAAUGUUCCGAAUCUGAUCCUCAAAGGUUUAACAGAAGCUGUUAUCAGGACUACGGGGAAGAAGAAGAACCUUGGUAUAUGGGAGCAAUACUUAACACACCUAAACGACAACCUAAUUUUAACAAAAUUUUCCCGAAGAAACUCUUAAAAACAAACGGAGCUAAUUAUGAAACCUACAAAAAAUGUAUGUAUGACUUUUUGAAUCCGACUGAUAGAGCAAGUAAUGGUGAUGAAUGCUGCUCUUGUGAUGAAACUUCCAAUAGUUAUAAAAAGCGUAAAUCUUCAACAAGAAAUGGAUCCAAAUCAACAUCUUGUAAACAAUGCUUAAAUAAGGCAAAAAUGAACGAUGCGAUUAAAAAAUGUAUUGGUCAUUCUCUUAUCGAAAGUGUGAUCCCCGCCUUAAAAAAUCCUGCAAAUCGCUCCAACAAACCCACAAAUCGAGAGCAAAAUGGAAAAUAUAAACAAGUUAAUUGUAGCCAAAGCGCGAAAACACCAAGGUCUCAACCGACAGAGGCAAGACCUGAUUCAAAAGUGAGACCAUCUUCCAAAUUUAUAAAGUGUGUAAACUUUGAAGAAAUGGAAUAUAAGAAAUGCGAUUGCAGCAAAUUUAUUGACACUAGACAAUGUUAAGCAUAUUAAAUUUUUUAAAGACA